AUGCCUCUGCUUCUCUUCGGCUUCAUGGCUUGUGGUAAAUAUGGCAAUUUACUGUUCCACGAGAAAGACAUCAGACGCUGCUUAAACCACAUCGAGGAAGAUUACAGGUUCGUUACCAGCGCGAAGGCGCGAGAUACGAUGAUUGAGUCCGCGAAGGUCGGCAUACGUCUGGUCGCACUUUGCGCGCUUUUCAUGUACGGCAGUGGGCUAUCCUUUCGUUUGAUCUUGCCGUUUGCCAAAGGAAAAAUUAUCACCGCGCAGAACGUCACGAUCAGACCACUGCCUUGCCCGGCUUACUUCAUUUUCUUCAACGUACAAGUCAGCCCCAUUUACGAGCUGAUCUUCGCGAUACAAGUGUUAUCAGGGAUGAUCACUUACUCGAUAACAACGGGUUUAUGCGGCCUCGCGGCCGUCUUCGUGAUGCACGCCUGCGGCCAGCUAACGAUUCUGAUGAAUUUGAUGAGAAAUCUUGUCGAGGUGCAAGAGCAAAAGAACCGGGAAGUGGACAGGAAGCUGGCACUAAUGGAAUGGGAGAAUAGCAAUUCGUUAGCUAUGUCCUCCUACUUUUCAGCACUUAUAUCCAUGAUGCUAAACAUGUUCAUGUUUUGUUACACUGGUGAGCAACUUACCGUUCAGGCAGAGAAAGUAGCUAGAACAUCUUGCGUGCUCGAGUGGUAUCGUCUUCCGGAUAAAAAGGCACGUGCGAUCGUGCUCGUGAUAAUCAUGUCGAAUUUGCCUAUCAAGAUCACCGCUGGGAACAUCGUGGAAUUAUCGCUGAAGACAUACGGUGAUAUUGUAAAGACAGCUGUGACGUACUUUAACAUGCUUUUAAAGGUGACGGACUAA